CUUGUGACGUCACAGAGGUCCUUCCUCGUGUGUGUCUGAGGGUCAUGCAGUUAUUCUAAUCUCUAUAUAUCUCUGUCUUUAUUAAUAUCGUGUAAUUUCUCUCUUGUCCUGUUGUUUUAUAUUUCGUCAUGAUGGGCGGAAGGAGUAGCGCGAUUGCGGCGGGUGUCGGCGCGGCGCUGUUUGUAGGUUAUUGUAUUUAUUUCGAUAAGAAAAGACGGAGCGACCCAAACUACAAGAACAAACUGAGAGAACGAAGGAGAAAACAGAAAGCUGCUCAGGAGAAAGCUGGAUUGUCAAGGUUACCAGAUCUUAAAGAUGCUGAAGCAGUUCAGAAGUUUUUCCUCGAGGAGAUUCAACUCGGUGAAGAGCUGCUUGCACAGGGAGAUUAUGAGAAAGGUGUGGAUCAUCUGACGAAUGCGAUCGCUGUGUGCGGUCAGCCUCAGCAACUCCUGCAGGUCCUGCAACAAACUCUUCCUCCUCCAGUCUUCCAGAUGCUUCUCACCAAACUGCCCACCAUCAGUCAGCGUAUCGUCAGCGCUCAGAGUGUCAGCGAUGAUGACAUUGAGUAGAAGUACAUCGCCGCUCCAUGACAUCACUUCCUGUCUGCUUAAAUUCUACAGUCAAUCAUUCUGUCCUGCCCCUUUUCAUCAAUUUUUGAAACACUGAAUGCAAAAAUAGUUUUUAAAGAGCAAAAUGUGUUAGAAAUGUUGUUGAAUGAGCCUCUAACAGUAGAUUAUGGAUUUGUCCUGUAAAAGGUGAUGUGUGGCUCGAUGUAUAUGAAUGACAGAAAACAAGCAUGACUUGCAAACGUAUAUAUUUUCAUUGUUAUUUGGUUUACUAACACAAAGUAUUACAUUAAAAUAUCAUGAAAUAUGCAACAAAAAUAUGUUAAGAGGCACUAAACCUCAGACACCGCUGACAGAGAUUUGACAGUCGAGAGAGAGAGAGAGCGGCUGAUUUCAUUUAUCUGUGUUAUUGUAUUUAUGUUAUUUUUAAUGACUGUAUAACAUCUGUGGUAUUGUGAGAUAUGUGGCACAUUUAAAAGUGCUCGGGCUGUUUCAUGAAGGGGAGAGUUUUUUCUUUUUUUUAACUUAAAAUUAAAAACAGAUAAAUGUA